AUGUCUGUGGACACAGCUCAAGACAAACUAUGUACAUCAGCCGAGACUCCAUCUGUAAAAGAACUAGAACGAUUUUUUUACUCUGGAAGAAGGACAGGAAAUCAUGUGGAUGAAGUUUGGCCUAAUUUGUUCAUUGGGGACAUGUCCAUUGCCAAUGACCGCUAUGGCUUGUGGAAGCUGGGCAUCACCCACGUUCUGAACGCUGCCCAUGGGAAGAUGCACUCUCAGGGGAGUCACCAAUUUUACGGGUCGACCGUGGAGUACCACGGGGUUCCCGCCGACGACUCCCCAUCCUUUAAUCUUUCACGCUAUUUUCAGUCCUCAGCUGAUUAUAUUCACCAGGCGCUGAACUCACCCGGAGCUAGGGUCAUUGUCCACUGUGCUGUAGGGGUCAGCAGAUCAGCCUCCCUGGUUCUGGCCUACCUAAUGAUCCAUCACCAUUUCACGCUGGUGGACGCCGUCAGGAAAGUCAUGGAAGGCAGGUGGAUUUUCCCAAACAGAGGAUUCCUCAAGCAGCUCAGGGCUCUGGAUAUGCGCUUACGCGAGCAACAGUGACGAUGAGGUUUUCAGUCACACCAAACCGGAAGGAAUCAGCCCUAUAGGCCAAAAUAAUGCACAUCCAAUGGCUUGUAUAAG